CGCCCGCCGCGGGCCCUGCGCGCCGCGGUCGCACCUGCCGGCGAGACCGUCCGCGCGCUUGAGCGCCCGCCCGCCCCCUCGGCCCAUGGCCCAGCAGCCCGGGCCCAGACCCCCGCACUCGGGCCGCGCGGCGCACGGGCUGGCGGGCGCCAGGGGCGCCGUCCCCGCGGCGUGAGCGCGGCCCACGCGGCGGGCGUGGGCCCCCCCCACCCCCGGGCGCGCCCGCUCUCCCCGCCUCGCCCGGCGACCGCCUUGACCGCGCGUUCCGGCCCGCGGCGCGCUGGAUGCGGCGGGGCUCUGGCGGGCGGCGCGGCAGCCGCGGCCCCGGGCGACAUGUACCUGCUGGACGGCAGCGGCGAGCCUGCGCCUCCGCCCGCGGACGUCAUGCCUCGCGGGACGCCCCCCAGGAAGACCGUCUACCGCAUCUCCGUGACCAUGGUCAAGAAGGAGCGGCUGGCCGCGCCGGGCCCCGGCGGCCCCAACCCGCGCCCGGCUCGGAGGCCCCGGGCCGCGCGCUCUCCGGACGCGCCCGGGAGGCUCGUGGAGGAGGCCGAGGAGGCGGCGGGCGCCGAGGACCCCGCGGGCCGCCCCCCGAGCGCCGGGGUCUUCCGCACCUUCCGCACCCGCAGCACCGGGCAGCUGGAGCUCGGGCGGCUCCGGCCGUGCGCACGCGGCCCGGAGCGCGCGGCCCUGGCGGGCAGCCCCCCGGCCGCGGAGGAGGAGCCCGGCUCGCCCGCGCCGGGCAGCCCGGACUUGGACGAGACCCGGGGCGCGCCCCUGCGGCGGAGCCUCAGCUUCAGGCACUGGAGCGGGCCCGAGGCGCCGCGGGGCCGCGGGAGGCGCCACAGCAGCUCCGGGAGUCUGGCCUGGGCGCCGGGUGGCGAGGCCGAGGCCGGCCCGGGGGCCGCCCCGGAGCCCGCGGCCGUCGCCCAGCCUGCCUCGGAGAAGCGCAACACCCUGGACGUGGGCGAGGUGCUCAGCAAAAACGACACGCUGUCGGACCUGGAGCGCUGGGAGCGUAGCAAGAGCAAGAACCGCACGCUGGACAACAGCGACCUGCAGCGGCUGGAGCGCGCGCGGGCCGCGGCCGCCGGCCCCGGCUCGGCCUCGGAGCACCGGCUGCUGCGCUUCUUCAGCGGCAUCUUCGCGCGCAGGGACGGCACGCCCGGCGGCGGCCCCUCUCCUCGGAGCGGCGCCUCGCGGGCGCGCGGCUAUUUCAGCAGCCUGCGGCGGGCCCCGGCCGACGCGCACUCGUCCAGCGGCGAGAGCAUCGACGGGUCCCCGCGCAGAGAUGCCUUUGUGAACAGCCAGGAAUGGACACUGAGUCGGUCUGUCCCAGAGCUCAAAGUGGGAAUUGUGGGUAACUUGGCCAGCGGCAAGUCGGCCCUGGUGCACCGGUAUCUGACUGGCACAUACGUGCAGGAGGAAUCUCCCGAAGAUAUGGACGCAGGUGGCAGAUUCAAGAAAGAGAUUGUUGUUGACGGGCAAAGCUACCUGCUGCUGAUCAGAGAUGAAGGGGGCCCCCCCGAGGCGCAGUUCGCCAUGUGGGUGGACGCCGUUGUGUUUGUCUUCAGCUUAGAGGAUGAGAUAAGUUUCCAGACCGUUUACCACUACUACAGUCGGAUGGCCAACUACCGGAACACGAGCGAGAUCCCUCUGGUUCUGGUGGGAACCCAGGAUGCCAUAAGCUCCACUAACCCGCGGGUCAUCGACGACGCCCGAGCAAGGAAGCUCUCCAGUGACCUCAAGAGGUGCACAUACUACGAGACGUGUGCCACAUACGGGCUGAAUGUGGAGAGGGUCUUCCAGGACGUUGCCCAGAAGAUUGUUGCCACAAGAAAGAAGCAGCAGCUGUCCAUAGGGCCUUGCAAGUCGCUGCCCAACUCUCCAAGCCACUCGUCUGUCUGUUCUGCACAGGUGUCUGCCGUGCAUAUAAGCCAGACGAGCAAUGGAGGUGGGAGUUUAAGUGACUACUCCUCGUCCGUCCCGUCGACGCCGAGCACCAGCCAGAAGGAACUGCGGAUCGAUGUCCCUGCCGCCAACACGCCCACACCUGUCCGGAAGCAGUCCAAGCGCCGGUCCAACCUGUUCACCUCUCGGAAAGGAAGUGACCCAGACAAAGAGAAGAAAGGCCUGGAGAGCCGAGCAGACAGCAUUGGGAGCGGCCGAGCCAUCCCCAUUAAACAGGGCAUGCUGCUAAAGCGAAGUGGCAAAUCAUUGAACAAAGAGUGGAAAAAGAAAUACGUCACCCUGUGUGACAAUGGCGUGCUGACCUAUCAUCCAAGUCUGCAUGAUUACAUGCAGAAUGUUCACGGUAAAGAGAUUGAUCUUCUGCGAACCACUGUGAAAGUCCCAGGGAAGAGGCCACCCCGAGCCACGUCGGCCUGCGCACCCAUCUCCAGCCCUAAAACCAAUGGCCUCUCCAAGGACAUGAGCAGUUUACACAUCUCGCCAAAUUCAGGGAAUAUCACUAGUGCGUCUGGGUCUCAGAUGGCAAGCGGCAUCGGCCUGGGCCCCUUCGGCAGCCGACCGGACGGCAUGCAGCAGCGUUCCUGCUCCGUCUCCAGUGCUGACCAGUGGAGUGAGGCUACGGUCAUUGCAAACUCGGCCAUCAGCAGCGACACGGGGCUGGGCGACUCCGUGUGCUCCAGCCCAAGCGUCUCCAGUGCCGCCAGCCCCAAGCUCGACCCACCCCCCUCUCCCCACGCCAACAGAAAGAAGCACCGGAGGAAGAAAAGUACCAGCAACUUCAAGGCCGACGGGCUGUCCAGCGCGGCUGAAGCCAAACGCAAGGCAUGGAAACUAAACCGUGUUGGUAGCCUGCGAAAUAUAUACAGCAGCAGUGCCAACACAGAAGAACAAGAAGAAAACUUUGAGUUUAUCAUUGUGUCCCUCACUGGCCAGACAUGGCACUUUGAAGCCACCACUUAUGAAGAGCGAGAUGCGUGGGUCCAAGCCAUCGAGAGCCAGAUCCUAGCCAGCUUACAGUCGUGUGAGAGCAGCAAGAAUAAGUCCCGGCUGACAAGCCAGAGUGAGGCCAUGGCCUUGCAGUCGAUACGAAACAUCCGAGGCAAUUCGCACUGCGUGGACUGCGAGACCCAGAAUCCUAACUGGGCCAGCUUGAACUUGGGAGCCCUCAUGUGCAUCGAGUGCUCAGGGAUCCACCGGAACCUCGGCACCCACCUUUCUCGAGUCCGAUCCCUGGACCUGGACGACUGGCCCAUCGAGCUCAUCAAGGUGAUGUCAUCCAUUGGGAACGAGCUGGCCAACAGUGUCUGGGAGGAGAGCAGCCAGGGGCGGACGAAGCCGUCUCUGGACUCCACCAGGGAAGAGAAGGAGCGGUGGAUCCGGGCCAAGUAUGAGCAGAAGCUCUUCCUGGCUCCGUUGCCGUGCACAGAGCUGUCCCUCGGCCAGCACCUGCUGAGGGCCACCGCCGACGAGGACCUGCGGGCAGUCAUCCUACUGCUGGCGCAUGGCUCCCGGGACGAGGUGAACGAGACCUGCGGGGAGGGCGACGGCCGCACGGCGCUGCACCUGGCCUGCCGGAAGGGAAACGUGGUCCUGGCCCAGCUCCUGAUCUGGUACGGGGUGGACGUCAUGGCCCGCGACGCCCACGGAAACACGGCGCUGGCCUAUGCCCGGCAGGCCUCCAGCCAGGAGUGCAUCGGCGUCCUGCUGCAGUACGGCUGCCCCGACGAGCGCUUCGUGCUCAUGGCCACCCCCAACCUGUCCAGGAGGAACAAUAAUCGGAACAACAGCAGCGGGAGGGUGCCGACCAUCAUCUGAGGGCCGCCACGGCCGCGCCCUCCCUCGGAAGCCACGACACGUGAGUCCCGUCACGUCCCCUCGCUUCCCGGUGGUCGCCUGCCCCCCACCCACCCUCCCUCACCCCAAAUGAAAUCACAAAACCUGACAGUCCCCAAGGGGCGAAGAGGAGGCCAGGAGGCCGCAGAAUCGAUCCCUUCUCAUACACUCCCCUAAACGACUAACGGGAGCGACCGCCGGGCCUUGGUUCACUGCUGAAGCACACGGGGAAGGACCCUCAUCCGGUGGCCCUAGACAGAGCAUGGCACAAGGGACGGGGACGAGGGGGAGGGGAGGUGAGGAGCAAGGAGAAGGGGUAACUCUCCUUAACUGGCAGUUAAGCACAUCAGUACAUUUCACCUCUACCAAAUGGAACACUUGGAUUUCAUCUCUUCUCCGAGGAGCUUGACGGCAUAAAUCAGAAGUGAGCAGAGUCUGUCGGGUUUGAAGCCCCUAUGAUGGUAUGUGUCAAAUCAGUCGUAGCUAAUCUGUCCAGGGAGAAUACUGGCUUCAUUACGCUUGUAUAGUUGAGUUCUUCCAGCAUUACCGCUGUUUAAUAGAACAUGAUUAGUCAUCACCGAGAAGAAAGCAUAUUAGCCGAGGAGGUAGUUACGCAGCACGCUCUGAUGAUUGCCACGAUGUGAUUGCAAUACUCUUAGAAGCAUCAUAUUAUCCCAGACAUGUUCUCCCGAGCCCUUGGAGCCCUCCUUUCUAAAUUCACUGUCAUAAUUUAGUAUCUGUUUAAUUUUUCAGUGCAAAGAGAGGAAAUCAGUUGCCGAGUAUUAUUUGACUGCAGUCUCCUUGGUGCAGAAACAAACUGGGAAAAUAAGUCAGAGUAACUUGGAAAUUCAAAAGAUCACUAUGUCAGCUAACAAUAGCAUUUUGAGUACAUUUGGUAAACUAAGUAAAUGCCUAAAAGGCUGUUUUCUCCAAACACGAGAGAUCCUUUAUUUCCUUUGCCAAGGGGAUGUGUUGGGUCUCAGACACUCCUGGGCCGUGCUGCCCAAGUCACACAGGCUUCUGUAUUAUGUCUUUAGAUAAGAUGUGUGAAAAUCUAUUUGAAUAAAAGAAGUUCAUAAAUAUGCAUUGAUUUUUGUACAGACAAAUGGCACCUCUGUUAAUUUAUAAAUUGAACUGGAUAUGAACUAAUAAUGUGCAACUAGUUGAGAUAAGGGGGUUACAGAUCAUUGUACUUGGAAAAUAUUCCCAGCAGUAAACACUUCCAUUAAUGUGAUAUACAGCUUUUAAAGACGAACAUAUCAGAAUAAGAUGGUGGUACAAUUUGCUUAUUAAAAUCGAGAGAGGAAAAGAAGACACGGAAGCAUAUUCAAGAUGGGAAGGGGGCGUGGGAUUUCACAGUGCGGAAAGUGUGACUGAGAUCUGAUACCACUUUUGCCAGCCCAUAGGAGGGGCUGCAGCAAAGCAGGGGUGAUACUCAGAACACCAGCCCCGGGGGGUUUGCAAAGGCAGUGGUGAGCAGCGGCCGACGGGUCUGCAGCUCAGACUGGCUCCUGAGCUUCCUGAAGACUCGAACUCGGCGGCCAGACCCCCCAUUUUAGUACACCCCCUGACCUGGCAUGGGGCUGCUUCAGACCUCGGCUGCCUUCAGUAUGGUGGCCCAACAGUAAAGCCAGGCAUGAUGCUCUAGGUUAAAGUGAGAGGGAGUGGCUGUGCCUGGAGCCCUUUUAGCAGCAUGGCGGGGGAAGAGGGCAGCCACCUCUGGAGACAACACGGAGUGAUGCGGUGGAGGAACACCGGACACCCCGCCCCGCAGCCCCCAGGGACGUCCCUUGCUCUCAAAUAUUAAUCCUUCUAUUUUGUAAGAGUCUUUCCUCUUCUUCCACUUAAAAAAAAAAAAUUAAAGUAGCUGGGGAAUAAAAUAAAGCUUUACACAGAAUUUAUAUGUGGGUCAGUGUUUCAUGGACAUUUCUAACCUGACUCAGCUAAGUGGGAUUCAGCGGUUUCCAGGAACACCGGAUUCAGAAGCCACAAGUCUGAGAGCCUUGACCUCAGGUCCAUAAUCCCUCCACUCUAUGUUGAAUUUUGUGUUUCUUCACUGUGUAGUUAUUUUAAAUGUGAAUAGAAAAAAAAAGUCAUUGCCUAUUUUUGAAGAACACACCACUGUUCUAAUCCAGCUAUACACAUCCGCCUCACAGCCUAUAGCGUAGACUUUAUGUAGUGAACGCAGAUACAGUACGAAUGAAACCCUUAAAUUAUUUCAUCUUAGCUAAUUCCCAUGGUAGGAAUGCUUUAUCACAGUGAAGCCGUCUUUUGAAAAGAAAAGGAACUCCUUGUGAGGCUUCUCUCUGAGAUGUAUAUGAGUGUGUACAUAUGAUUAUAUGUGUUUAUAAUAUAAUAUUUUCCCAAAUAACUUCUUUUUCACUUAGCCUUUCACACCCUGAAUGCCAGAUUGGUUUCUUUCCCCUUCCCUCCCUCGGGCACGGGGACUGCAUCGAUUCCUCCUCAGAAAACUCAGCCCCUCUCUCUUCUACAAUUUUUAGCAAUGUUGAUCUGCUGCAGGAGGCAGCCUGCUUUCUUGAGACUGCGUUUUGGCAGCAGAGGAAGGUGGUAGUGCGUUUUAAGGGGUUUCCUUCAUCAUAAAGGCGAAUGGCAGUUAAUCUGGUUGUAUUUCAGUGUCAAACUGGAGAUCCUUCCCUCACUGACAGCGCUCAUUCCCGCCUUCAAGCCUAAUACCAGGGCCAGGGAAGCAAGACCCAAGGGCCAAGGCAGGAAAUACCCAGUCAGGGAAGGAGGUCGAGUUUCCAUUGUUUACUCCCGUGUGAAUUCAGUGAAGUGACAAUGACACGAGAAACCACCACUGCAUAAUCACCUUUUCUACUCAGAUUUAAAAUUAUCCUCGAACGAGAGCCACCUGCUGGGGAAGGCCUGCACACAGGCUGUCACGUAUGAGGGUGACCCACAGGGGACAGGGACAUGUCACAGACCUCGCUGGACUCCUCCCGUGGCAGUGGAAACCCUGCCCCGGUGGGAGGGACACACCCUUGGCUCUGACCCUGCACAGGACAGGUGGGCCUCAGUGCUGGGGUGGACAGGUGGCUUUCACCCAGCCCAGCACUCCCGUCGUGGUCUGUGGGCCCCGCUGUCUCCUGGAGCCCCCGGGAGAUGCGCAGCUUGAGGGUGGGUGAUGCGUUCUGGGGUCUUUGGUCCCACAAGCAGUGCGUGCUACAUGCCAUUAUCCCAGCAAGCAGGCGAAGGCAGUGGGGUGCCUGCUGAUCACAGGGCUUCUGGGCAGCUCUUACCGAA